UUUCGGUAGGAAAGCAUUUACACGAGCACCUUCCCCUUUCGUUUUCUCUCCACUUGUCCAAGCUGCGAAAGCUCAGCGAUGCCGAGUAUGAAAUCAGCAAUCCGCUAUUGGCGCAUUUUUGAGAAAUACAGCUUCCCCCCCCUUGCCUAUGACUCUAUCCAUUUACCUUCUCUCAGUGUAUUACCAGUUGCCUUUUGGUGGUCUCAUCAACACCUGGAUUGCAGAUUGAUUACUACCAGGUCUUUUGUACAGAGCAAAAAAGGUUUCCCCCCUUAUAGGUCAAACUAUGAGUGCUCUCCAAAGCCCCAAGAAACUUUAAUUAAUUCACCAGUAGAAGAAGUAAAAGCAACAAAUGUGGACCAUUUGGAGCUAGAAGAGGACAGAAGUGCUUAUGUUAAUUUGGGAUUCAGUCCUGCUCAGAUAACACAGCUAUUUAGCUUGCAGCUGGAUGUACCAUUUCAAUCAAAAUUGACUGCAAUUUCAGAAUUACUCCUAUUGGGUUUAAGCAUUACCACAAUACUAAAGACCCUAGAAAAGAAGCCUGAACUGCUGGGAAUGUCACCCAAACAUUUGAAGGAACGUGCGGAUCUUCUGAGAAGAUUUGAUUUAGAUGCAGGAAGCAUUAACCAGGUGGCAGUAAAUUUUCCAAGUAUAUUUACACUGCCACACAAGAGAAUAAAAUCCCUAGAGAAUCUCCUUAAAGAAAAAUGUCUCUUUACAAUGGCACAAGUAUCAAAAAUUCUACGAACAAGUCCACAACUCCUUUUAGAAGAGUUAAAUGAUGUUGAAUACAAAUUCCAGUUUGCCUAUUUCAGGAUGGGAAUUAAACAUGGAGAGAUAGUGCAGUCUGGUUUCUUCCAAGCAUCGCUGGCUGAAAUAAACAAACGAAUAAAUUUUUUGGAGCGCUUGGGACGCUAUCAAACUCCUGAUAAGAAAAGACAGACCCAAAUUGUCAAUCCCAAACUGAAAAGUAUUAUCAGAGCUUCUGAACAGGAUUUUGUGACUGAAAUAGCCUGCUCCUCAAUUGAAGAAUAUGAGGUCUUUAAGAAGUUGCUGGCUGAUGAAGAGGAGCAGAGGAGGCAACAGGAGGAAGCAAUGGAAGAAUUCUCAGAUUCAGAGAAUGAUGAUGGAAGUGGUUCUGAAUAAAUUUCCAAUUAAAAGUUUUUGCUAUUUGGUAGUAGUAGUAUUUCUUGCCUUUUUAAGAUAGGAAGGAGGGAGAUGGGUACUUCUGAUAAUAGAGAAAUCUAAUACUUGUGAAUAUUUUUAAAUG